AUGGGACAAAAGCAGUGUGUACGAGAAUGUAUGCGGCGGGGGGAUUGUCUAUCGGUCAAUUACUGGAGGAGCGACCUACGAUGUCAGCUGAACCCAUCCACAGUGGGACCGGGGGUGGCUCUAGUGCCUGACUCUCUGUGUGAUUACAUUGAAAAAAUGACACAGCCCCAGGAACUUAUUCAUGCUGCUUGUCUAUCUGCAUCCUGCCCAUAUAGAUGUACAAUGUUAUCGAGUGGGGUUCCAACUUGUGUAUCUGAUCUGACAGAGAAUGCCCCAACAACAACAACGAUUGCAUCAACAACAGAAACAGCAACACCGAUUCAAACAACAGCAACAACGAUUUCAACAUCAACAAUAAUUUCAUCCUUGUCUGAACAAAUAACAGCAACAACGACUUCAACAUUUGAACCAACAACACUUUCAACAGCAGAUACUACAACAGCAAAAACAAAUUCAUCAUCGACUGAACAAACAACAGCAAAAACAACAGCAACAACGAUUCCAACAACAGAAGCGACAACACCAUCAACGAUUUCACUCUCGACUAAACAAACAACAACAACAACGACUUCAACAUUUGAACCAACAACACUUUCAACAGUAAAAACGGCAACAGCAAACACAAUUUCAUCAUCGACUGAACAAACAACAGCAACAACGAUUCCAACAACAGAAGCGACAACACCAUCAACGAUUUCACUCUCGACUGAACAAACAACAUCAACAACAACUUCAACAUUUGAACCAACAACAGCAACAACACUUUCAACAGUAGAAACGGCAACAGCAAAAACAAAUUCAUCAUCGACUGAAAAAACAACAGCAACAACAAUUCCAACAACAAAAACGACAACACCAUCAAUGAUUUCACUCUUGACUGAACAAACAACAGCAACAACGACUUCAACAUUUGAACCAACAACAGCAACAACACUUUCAAUAGUAGAAAAGGCAACAGCAAAAACAAUUUCAUCAUCGACUGAACAAACAACAGCAACAACGAUUCCAACAACAAAGGCGACAUCACCAACAACGAUUUCACUCUCGACUGAACGAACAACAGCAACAACGACCUCAACAUUUGAAUCAACAACAGCAACAACACUUUCAACAAUAGAAACGGCAACAGCAAAAACAAUUUCAUCAUCAACUGAACAAACAACAGCAACAACGAUUCCAACAACGAAAGAGACAACAGCAACAACGAUUUCACUCUCGACUGAACAAACAGCAGCAACAACGACCUCAACAUUUGAAUCAACAACAGCAACAACACUUUCAACAAUAGAAACGGCAACAGCAAAAACAAUUUCAUCAUCAACUGAACAAACAACAGCAACAACGAUUCCAACAACGAAAGAGACAACAGCAACAACGAUUUCACUCUCGACUGAACAAACAGCAGCAACAACGACCUCAACAUUUGAAUCAAAAACAGAAACAACACUUUCAACAAUAGAAACGGCAACACCAAAAACAAUUUCAUCAUCAACUGAACAAACAACAGCAACAACGAUUCCAACAACGAAAGAGACAACAGCAACAACGAUUUCACUCUCGACUGAACAAACAGCAGCAACAACGACCUCAACAUUUGAAUCAACAACAGAAACAACACUUUCAACAAUAGAAACGGCAACACCAAAAACAAUUUCAUCAUCAACUGAACAAACAAAAGCACAAACGAUUCCAACAACAGAAGCGACAACACCAUCAACGAUUUCACUCUCGACUGAACAAACAACAGCAACAACGACUUCAACAUUUGAACCAACAACAGCAACAACACUUUCAACAGUAGAAACGGCCACAGCAAAAACAAUUUCAUUAUCGACUGAACAAACAACAGCAACAACGAUUCCAACAACAGAAGCGACAACAGCAUCAACAAUUGCAAACUCCACUGAACAAUCAACAGCUACAACAGAACCAACAACAGCAACAACACUUUCAACAGUAGAAACGACAACAGCAAAAGCAAUUUCAUCCUCGUCUGAAAAAACAACCGGUACAAUGAUUCUAACAACAGAGAGCAAACAAACAACAGAACCGACAGCAGCUGCAACCAUUUUACCCUCAAAGGAACAAACAGCAGCAACGAUACCAAAAACAGAAUCUACAACAGCGACGAUUCCAACAAGAGAAACGACAACAGCAACAUCGAUUUCAACAACACUAGAACCUACCACAGCACUUAUAAAUUCGAACAUCAUAGAAACAACAAAAGGAACAACAACGAUUUAAACAUCGACUGAACAACCAGUGGUUACAACAAUAAUUUCAACAACAGUACCAAGAACAGCAACAAAGUUUCAAACAACGUCAGAACAAUCAACAGCAACAACAAUUCCAUCAGCAGAAACAAUUAUUCCAAUACCAACAACAGAAACAACAACGAUUUCAACAACAGAACCAACAAAUAGCAUUGACGAUUGACGGUGCUCUCAACCAGAACAACUACAGCAAUAACGAUACCAUACGCAAAAAAAACAUCUUAGAACAUUUUCGACAUCUUCUCCAGAACCACUGGGCCAAUUUCAACCAAAUUUUCGUCAAAUUUUCAAAAAUCUUCUUCUCAAUAA